AAACAUACUUCUGAUGGCUGUGAAUUCCGCUCCAGAGAAGGUUAUCUCACAAAGUAUAGCACCUAGAACGUGCAUUAUAUUAUCGGCGUUUGUUGUUUUCGUUAUCAGUUGCUUCUGCAUUGCAACUAUCGAAAAAGGAACCGUUGCCGUUGCCAGCAGCAGCAGCAUGUCUUCCGAAGCACCAGCCCCGCAGCAGUACCAAGCCGGGUUGCACUCGAUCGUUUAUGUGACCACGCCGAACGAAAAUUCCGCCAAAACGCUGGCUCGUCUGCUGGUCGAACGUAAGCUGGCCGCUUGCGUUAACAUCAUAGCCGGUCUGACGUCGAUUUACGAGUGGGAAGGAAAAAUCAACGAAGAUCACGAACAACUGCUGAUGAUCAAAACCCGAAGCGCCCGGGUGGACGAACUGAGCAAGUUCGUCCGGGAGAAUCACCCGUACAGUGUGGCGGAGGUGAUUUCCGUCCCCAUCGAAAACGGCAACCCGCCAUAUCUGGACUGGCUGAGUAAGACCGUUUCCGAAGGGUAAGAAUUGAAAA